AAUUUUAAACAAAUUAAACUAAUUAAAAUACUAUAUAAUUAAGUAAUUGAAAUACUAUAUGUCAUGUAGAAUAUCUUAUUUUUUAAUUUUUCUACGCGAUUAUCUUUAAAAAUGUAGCGUAGUACUAUUCCUCAUUUGAAUUUAAUUUAUUUUUUUCUCGCGAUGAUAAAACGUAUUCUCGUUUUUAAUGUGAUACCUUGCGUAACAAUGUUAAUCAACAUAGCAAUGAUAAACUAAAGUGCGUUAUACAUGUAUGUAUAUAAUGGUCUUAAUGAUUUUUUGCUUCAUUAAUCAUAUUUUUUUUAUUAAAGAAUUAUUCUAUUUAAACUGUUCUUCUAACAAAAUUUUAUAUAUAUUUAGUCCUCUAAAUAUUUUUAUUGCCUUAUAACUCAUUUACAUUGUGAAUUAUGAUUAAUAAACGAAUAAAAAACAAAUCCGCAGAUUAAAACAAAGUAAAAAGCGUUUUAAUAUGCGGAUAUAAAAAGUGAGAUUGGAAAAAAGAAUAGAGGGAGACUAUAUAGUGAGUGGAACAACAGGUUCCUACUCGCAAUAUUCUACAGUAUGUGAUGAUCAUCUCGUGAUGUGAUAUCUCACUUAAGACAUCGAGUUGCUACACCUUAAUAAUUAUUGUGUAACACAUUUUUUAGUCCUUUGCAUUAGUAAAGCUGAAUGUGAUUACUGUUUGUAGUUUAAACGAAAUAUUCUUACAAGUAAUUGAUCUUUGAGGUAUUCUACAAAGUAAUUAUUAUCAAGUGCAAUCGGUAUCAUCAUUUGCAAUAACAUAUAAGACAGAAGAUGAAGGGGAAACAUAUUGAUGACGCUCAAACAUCAACGGUGGAUGAGCAUUUCAAAUUACUCGUCGAGAAUAAGAGUGUACUCGACCCAGAACUAACCGAUAUAUUCCCCAAUGAUUUCCCAGAUUGGUAUAAUGAAAAAUUAUUUAAAAAGGGUCAAAACUAUUAUAAGCAAAACAUGUUGCUAGGAGAAUUAACUUACAUACUCGGACUUAUUUCAAUCUUAUCAAUUCCAACUAUACGGCAGGUGGUUAAGCUCACAAAGCAAAGUAGUACGCCUUGCCUUGCUUUCAAAAGACACCUUGGAUCGCAAUUACAUGUAUUUAACAUAAUUAUGUGCGAUCCAAAUGAUCCACAUUCCAAUUUGUACAAAUCGAUAAAUAUAACUCGCUGGAGACAUAAUAUAAUUACAAAGAUAUCAAACAAGACCGGUUUAGAAGGGAUUCUUCAAAAAGAUAUGGCAAUUACACAAUGCGGUUUUAUAGCAUACUUUUUUAUUAUAACUGAGUCUUUCGGUUUACGCAAUAAAUUAGAAGAAGAAGAAGGAUUUAAUCAUUUCUGGCGUGUGUUUGGCCAUUUAAUAGGAAUUUCCGACAGAUUAAAUAUAUGUCGUAAGAAUGCAAUAGAAACUCGUGAAUUAAGUCAGAAGAUAGUCAACGAGAUAUUCACGAAUUAUUUGAAUAACGCUUCAUCGGACUUUAUACACGUAAUAUCAAAUGUAUUAGAUGGAAUAGGAUAUAUUGACAUCAGUCUAAAUAGAGAUGCUUUGUUAGCAUUAUCAUAUCAGUUACAUAAUAUCGAAUAUAAGACAUCGCUUGGAUGGUAUAGUUGGUUGAACAUGAAAUAUCGUGAUCUCAUUUUAAAAUUGUAUUUUUUGCCAUAUAUCGGACCGGUAAUAAGAAUUUAUUAUAAUAUUUUGAUGAAGUUCAUUUAUUGGAGUGCGACGGCAUUUCCCAUAUUUGCAUGGCUGUCAUUUGGAAAAAGUAACACCCAGAUCAAUUUAUAUCCUAAAUAUAAGUAACUCUGCGAUUAGAUAACAUCAAAGCUUUAUGAAAACUAACCGUAACUAACUUUUUUAAUAUAAAAAAAGAGAUAAACAGGAUAAAUUACUAAAAAUUGCCAUUAUCAAUUUAAAUUCUAAGAUCUGUCUUAUAGAAAAAUGUUUUAGAUGAAAAUUGCUUGGUUUUUAUAGAAAGACAUUCUCUAAUUAUUAAAAUUUUAUUCUAAAAAAAUUAUUAAGAUUUCAUGGUCAUC